UGUAGGUCACCAUUAGGUAACCAAUAUUUCUGCAUUAGGUAACCUAUAAUUCUGCCUUGAUUCUGAGCAAGACAAUUGACAAGUGGAAGAUCUACAUCAGUCAUAGAACUGGUUACCUAUCAGGAUGGCAGACUCCCUGUUGAAGCGGUGCCAACUGCUGAGAAAGACCUCACAGCCUGUGAAGCAGAGGGGCCAAUGGGAGAGUAAAAUUGAAUUUCUCCUUUCUGUGACUGGUGCCACUAUUGGACUUGGCAAUGUGUGGAGAUUCCCAUACCUUUGUUACAAGAAUGGUGGAGGUGCAUUCUUCAUUCCUUACAUCCUCUUCCUUGUUACCUGUGGAAUUCCCAUGUUCAUUCUGGAAACAGCGCUGGGUCAGUACACCAGUCAGGGGGGAAUCAUGUGCUGGAGAAAGGUCUGCCCAUUGUUUGAAGGCUUGGGAUAUGCCAGCCAGAUGAUCAUUUUUUAUGCUAGUACCAGCUACAUCGUAGUUUUGGCCUGGGCUUUCCUCUACUUCUUCGCUGCAUUCUCCAGAGAGUUACCCUGGACAUCUUGUAACAACACAUGGAACACUGAUCACUGUGUGGUAAUAAACAACUAUAACGGCUCCUCUAACUGGACCUCUUCAUUGAAUGCAUCCUUUUCAUCUUCAGUUCUGGAGUAUUGGCAGCGACGGGUGUUGAAUAUAUCCACUGGCAUAGAGACCUUGGGAAAUAUACGAUGGGAUCUUUCUCUGUGCCUUCUUCUGUCCUGGAUUAUCUGCUACUUCUGUGUUUGGAAAGGAGUUAGAUCCACUGGGAAAGCAACAUACUUCACGGCCACAUUGCCCCUCUUAUUGUUAGUAUUACUCUUUCUGCGGGGCAUUACUCUUCCUGGAGCCUUGCAUGGUAUAAAGUACUAUCUGUACCCCAAUCCCAGUCGACUCGGUGACCCACAGGUCUGGAUAGAUGCUGGAACACAAAUAUUCUAUUCAUUUGCUCUAUGCUUGGGUUUUUUGACUACUCUUGGAAGCUACAACAAGUAUAACAAUGACUGUUACAGAGACUCUUUUUACCUUUGCCUGGUGAACAGUGGAACCAGUUUCUUGUCAGGAUUUGCUGUUUUCUCAAUUCUUGGCUACAUGUCACAAAAGCAGGGUGUUGAUAUUUCCACUGUUGCUGAAUCAGGUCCUGGACUUGUCUUCAUAGUCUACCCUCAAGCGGUAACCCUUCUACCGUUGCCUCAGUUCUGGUCCAUGUGCUUUUUUUCCAUGAUCAUUUUGUUAGGAGUUGACAGUCAGUUUGCUGGUUUGGAAAGUAUUGUUACCUCAUUAUCUGAUAUAUGUCCUUCCGAGAUCAGGAAAGGAUACCGCAGAGAGCUUUUACUAUUGAUGAUCUGUUCCUGUAGCUUUAUUUUUGGCCUUUUUUUUGUGUCAGAGGCCGGCAUUUACAUUCUGCAGAUCUUUGAUCACUAUGUGUGCAGCGGUCCGACACUUCUUAUGAUGGCAAUCUGCCAAUCAGUGAUUAUUGGAUGGAUUUAUGGAGCUGGACGCUUCUCUGACAACAUUGAAGACAUGAUUGGGUACAAACCUCUUCCACUGAUCAAGUACUGCUGGAUGUAUGCUAUCCCUCUUUUGAGCUUUGGAUCCUUGGUGUAUUUGCUCCUGAGAUACACCCCAAUGAGGUUCAACAACUCGUAUGUGUAUCCUUGGUGGGCUUACUGUAUUGGCUGGUUUUUGUCCAUGUCUUCGUUGUCUAUGAUCCCACUCAACAUGGUGUGGAAACUAGCCAAAGGAAAAGGAACUAUCUGGGAGCGCCUCAAGACAAGCUUCCAGCCUGCAGAUGAUCUCCCAGUGAUGUCAGCAAUGGGAAUUGAUGAGGCUUCACUCACAGCAUGUCUCUGAGGAAAGAAAAGGAAAAGAUUUUCAGCAAAAUCCCUGUAGUUGAAAAAAAAAAACUUUUUUUCUCUUGGAAGAAGUAUGUUUAUAGCAUGUUAUUAUCGCUGUUAUGAUUUGAACAUAUUAACAUAUUAAGGAUAUUGGAUUGUUUAACCCUUUUUUAAUACUAUUUAAACUAUCCCAACCUUUAAUAUAGCAUAUGUACUAAUCUGAAUAACAAGCACCAAACCUCUUUGAAGCUUGCUUUUAACACCAUGAGUAAAAUUAGAAUAAUUCUAUAAAGCAGAUUUGAACUUUGGCAAAGCAACACUACAUAAACACCACUACAUUUUCAAGACGUGUUUGUGUAUUUCACAAAGGUUACAUUACACUUUUUUUCCCGAUAAAAAUGCUUCCUUGUGUUCGUUAAAUCAUUAUUCUAUAACAGAUGUUGCCAUAGCUUUAAUUACUUUAGUCUACAUUAGGAAGUUAGCUUCUGACUGCAAAUGAAUAUAUCUACAAUUGAGGGAAUGUUAAUAAAUAUGAGCAGGAGCUGGGUGAGCCAUUCUGCAGCUCAGCAUAGACAUAUUAAAUACUAGAAUCUCACUCAGAAUUUUUUGUACAAU